UGUUUCAUAGUUUGGUCGUAGGCCGCUUUGGCGCGCCGAUCGCCUCCGACCGACGAUCGGAAAUGAAUGGUUGAAGGCAUCAAACUCUUUCGAAUUCGAAUCGUCGCCAGACGAGACAAUAACUUUUGUCGGCUUUGAAUCGGCAGACGUAAUCAGUUUAAUUCGUUUUAUUUCCUCUCCGUUCCCAGACUACGUCCGAUCGUCCGUUUCUGCAUCCAUUUCUCUAUAAAGUGCGGGUUAUAAUUCAAGAUUUAUAACUACAAAAUGCAAUGAAGAAUGAAUUUUCUGCUGAUAUUAGAAGUUUUCUCCUUGAUGAUAUUGAUAAAAAUUGCAAAUGGAAGAGAAAGACAUGGUUUACACCAGGAUUCUUUGUUUUAUAAAUCAGAAGCAUUUUUAGACAGACAAGAUUAUAAUUUACAGAAUCAAAGACAAAAUAGUAAAUAUUCUUCAUGGGGAAAUAAUGAUAAGAAGGAAUUGAGAUCACGUAAGCAACUAUCAAACAGGGACAAGAAACCAAACAUAAUUCUCAUCAUUACAGAUGAUCAGGAUAUUGAAUUAGGAUCAAUGAAUUUUAUGCCAAAGACAUUACGUAUUUUAGGAGAAGGUGGAGCACAUUUUCCCAAUGCAUAUGUUACUACUCCAAUGUGCUGUCCUUCACGAAGUUCUCUUUUAACUGGCCUUUAUGUACACAAUCAUAAUGUAUAUACAAAUAAUGACAACUGUAGUUCUCCUAUGUGGCAGCAAGAACACGAGCCUCGAACAUUUGCUACUUAUCUUAAUAAUGCUGGAUAUAGAACAGCUUUCUUUGGAAAAUAUCUAAAUGAUUAUAAUGGCUCAUAUAUACCACCAGGAUGGAGAGAAUGGGCUGGAUUAAUCCGAAAUUCUCGGUUUUAUAAUUACACUGUAAAUAUAAAUGGCAACAAAAUUAAACAUGGAAAUAAUUAUUAUCAAGAUUAUUAUCCUGAUCUUAUUGCUAAUGAUAGCAUAUCUUUUCUCCGACAAUCCAAGCAAUAUUUCAUAAAUAAACCAGUUUUAAUGGUAUUAUCAUUUCCUUCACCACAUGGACCAGAAGAUACAGCACCACCUUAUCAACAUUUAUUUCAUAAUAUCACUACACACAGAACUCCAAGUUGGAAUUAUGCACCAAAUCCUGAUAAACAGUGGUUGUUAAGAAAUACAGGAAAAAUGGAGCCAUUACAUAUAAAGUUUACUGAUAUGUUACAUACAAAACGUCUUCAAACACUUCAAUCUGUUGAUGAUGCAGUAGAUAAGCUUUAUAAAGAGUUAAAAUUGAUUGGAGAACUUGAAAAUACAUACAUCUUCUACACUUCAGAUCAUGGCUAUCAUUUGGGUCAGUUUGGAUUGGUUAAAGGCAAGUCUAUGCCUUUUGAAUUUGAUAUAAGAGUUCCUUUUUAUAUUCGUGGACCAAGAGUGCCAACAGGUGUCAGGAUACGUGAUAUUGUUCUGAAUUUAGAUAUUGCACCAACAUUCCUCGAUAUUGCAGGUGUUCAGGUUCCAGAACAUAUGGAUGGAAAGUCAAUUCUUCCAUUGUUAAAAGAUGCCUAUAAUUGGGUUAUAUCUGGUCACAGUCAUGGGGAAGUGAAGCAUAAAAAGUCUUGGAGAGAUACUUUUCUUAUUGAAAGAGGUGUAAUUACACCUGCAAUGAGAAAAGCUUUGAAAGGACAACUUUCAUCUCCAACGCAAACAAAACUUACAAAAGAUGAAAGACUUUCAGUAGAAUGUCAAAAUGAAGAUUUUGCUUCACCUUGUAAACCAUUUCAGAAAUGGGAAUGUUUUCAUGAUGGUUAUCGUUGGAGAAUUCGGAAAUGUCGUCUAGGCUAUUAUUCUUCUUUGAAUGGACAUAGCUGUACAUGCUCAGAUACAUCAGACAGUGAAGAAAUAUUAGACAGUGAUAAAAUGACAGAAGUACAGAAACGUUCUCAGCUUAAAGCAUUUAGUUUCAAAAGACAGAACAAAAUGGAUGCAUCAGAAAAACGAUUGCAGAGGAGAUUUUUGAAGGAACAUGUAAGCAAAGAGUUUAAACCAGUAUUUAUUGGAUCACGGCCUCGUAGAGAUCUGUCAGAUCAUGAUGAAAUGCAGUUUGAUGUGGAUGGAAUUAUUCAAUUAUCUCAUUUAUUAGACUUGACAGUUAAUGAAUAUGAGGUGAAUUGUGUAAUUACACCUGCAAUGAGAAAAGCUUUGAAAGGACAACUUUCAUCUCCAACGCAAACAAAACUUACAAAAGAUGAAAGACUUUCAGUAGAAUGUCAAAAUGAAGAUUUUGCUUCACCUUGUAAACCAUUUCAGAAAUGGGAAUGUUUUCAUGAUGGUUAUCGUUGGAGAAUUCGGAAAUGUCGUCUAGGCUAUUAUUCUUCUUUGAAUGGACAUAGCUGUACAUGCUCAGAUACAUCAGACAGUGAAGAAAUAUUAGACAGUGAUAAAAUGACAGAAGUACAGAAACGUUCUCAGCUUAAAGCAUUUAGUUUCAAAAGACAGAACAAAAUGGAUGCAUCAGAAAAACGAUUGCAGAGGAGAUUUUUGAAGGAACAUGUAAGCAAAGAGUUUAAACCAGUAUUUAUUGGAUCACGGCCUCGUAGAGAUCUGUCAGAUCAUGAUGAAAUGCAGUUUGAUGUGGAUGGAAUUAUUCAAUUAUCUCAUUUAUUAGACUUGACAGUUAAUGAAUAUGAGGAUGAAAUGAAAUUUGGAUAUAAGAAUGUUUUGUCUGUAAACAGUAGUAAUGGUACUACCAGAAAAAAGCGGGACAAAAUCUUAGGAAAUGUUAUGGAUUAUAUAUAUACACAGCUUUUGAAAUCUGAAUCUCAACAGGCUGCUAUAUCAGAAGGAUGCAUUCAGUUUCCAAAUAAUUCAAUUACGUGUGUAGAUUACGUUUAUAAGAAUCCUCAAGUUUGGCGACAGAAAAAGGAGAAAUUGGAUCAGUUGAUUAAAGAAUUGCGCCAAAAGUUGGAUGAAUUGAAGGGAAUAAGAAGGCAUCUUAAAAAGUCUCGUCCUUUUCCAUAUGACGAUUUAAAUGGAGAAAAAAAAUCACAAAAUAAACACUGCAAAUGCUUGCCAGAUUUUAAACACCAAUUAGAUUUGGAAUGGAAAGAAGAAAAAGAUACAAUAAAAUCUCGACAGAAAAAGAAAGAAGAAAAUGUUAGAAAAUUAGAACGAAAACAGAGGAGGAAAUUAAAAUUUCAUAAUAUGACAUGCAAUGCGGAAAAAAUGAAUUGCUUCACACACGAUAACAAUCAUUGGAAAACUCCACCAUUGUGGACUUAUGGACCAUUUUGCUUCUGCCAGAAUUCAAAUAACAAUACAUAUUGGUGUUUGAGGACAAUUAAUGAAACACACAAUUUUCUGUAUUGUGAAUUCAUCACAAGAUUCAUUGUAUAUUAUGAUCUGAAAACGGAUCCUUAUCAGCUGACAAAUGUGAUUUAUAAACAAGAUGUUGCAAAAAUUCAGCAAUUGCAUCUUCAGCUUCACAAAUUAAGAAAGUGCAAGGGUGCAAGAGAAUGUACUGUGCGUUAUCGUCCUGGUCAGUAUAAAUAUUGAAUUAAUACAAGUUCAAUAAGUUCAAUUAUAAAAAUUAGAUACAUGUUGUUUACUUUUUAAUGAAGCAAAUUUCAAUUAAAAAUUUGAGCA